CUUCUAUAAUCUACAAAGCCAAACUAUAUAUCUUGAGUUCUCGGACAGAAAAAAAUGUUUUCAAAGAUGAAUCUAGUGACUCUUAUAUCGUUCUUGCUCAUUUUUCCAUUGUGUUCUUCAGGAUUUGGGUUUAGAGAGGGCCAUGGAAUUGAAAUUACUCACACCAACCAAUAUUCUGUAAACAAUGUUGAAGAGAGUAUUUCGAAUAUGAUGGAUUAUCCGGAACCAGGCCCAAACCCAACACACGAUCCGACAAAACCUGGUUAUGGUUAUCCUCCGCCACCGCCACCGCCACAAUAGAUGAAUUAAGAUUCAUGUUGAAGCAAAUAUCAGAUAUAUGAUGUACUAUCAAACUAAUCAAAAGAAAAUGAAUAAAAUGUUAUAAUAAACUUGGUCAAAGAGCUGUCAGUUAUUUGACUCCUUUCGUUGGGUGAAGUAUUGUUUAAAUCCUUGAAAAUGUUAUAAUAAACUUGGUCAAAGAGCUGUCAGUUAUUUGACUCCUUUCGUUGGGUGAA